GUGUGUAUUCUAUGUAUGUAAAUUUAGAAAUGUCAAAAUACAGCUGGUGGUUACACGUGCCAUUUCGAAAUCAUAACAUUUUAUUAUCUAUUUACCGUGUAUUUAUUUUUUAAAUUAAAUAGAAAUGAGUAAUUUUAAGCCGUUAUUUACAAAGAAAUAUGACAGAACAAGUAAUGUUGACACUCCAGACUCUUUAUAUUGGAAACGAUUGGGGGUACCAACAUUGGUAAAGGAGUUUGGUGCUAUUGAUUAUAUCGACUUUCGACCUAAUGAGCCACAUUUUUUUGCUGUAACUUGUUCAGUUCGAGUUCAAAUUUACAAUCCGUUUACUAAAUUAGUAGUAAGAAAUUUAUCGCGUUUUCAAGAGAACGCUUACGGCGGAACUUUUCGACAGGAUGGUCGGUUACUAGCAGCUGGUGAUCAGGAAGGUCAUGUGAAACUUUUUGACCCAUCUAGUAAAAAUGUACUGCGUUUGUUUAAAGCCCAUACAGCUCCAGUACAUCGAGUUAAUUUUACAUCGGAUUUGCUAAAUAUUAUCAGUUGUUCUGAUGAUAAAACAGUACGACAAUGGGAUAUCGGAGCUGAAAAGCUUAUUCAUACAUUUACAGAACACGAAGAUUAUGUACGUGCUGGAGCGGUAAACCCUAUGUCGCCUGAUAUUUUCAUAUCAGGUGGUUACGAUGGUAAAGUAAAAAUGUAUGAUGCACGUUCGAAAUACAUUUCUCUCGAAGUUGACCACGGCAGUCCAGUUGAAUCAUUGUUAUUUAUUCCAACUGGGAGCAUAUUUAUAAGCGCUGGAAGCACUGAAGUUCGGGUCUGGGAUGCACUAUCAGGCGGACGACUUCUUUCUGUACUUUCUCAGCAUCACAAAACAGUGACAUGUUUGCGUUUAGGAUCUAAUGGUAAACGCGUACUAUCUGGUGGUUUAGACAAACACGUCAAAAUUUAUGAUGUAGGAACAUAUGAAACAGUACAUACAAUAGAUUUUCCCAAUGCUGUGCUUAGUUUAGGAGUUGCACCUAAUGAUCAAUCUAUUGUCACAGGAAUGGUUGAUGGAAUGGUUUCAAUACAGAAUAUGGACACACCGACGUCUGAAAAUAUACAUUCUACUGUUAGAAGCCAUAAACAAAAAAUGAACAGCAAAAAAGGAGACCACGAAAUUGCACAAUACACUCGACCAGUAUUGCUUAGCUAUGAUAAUUUUUUACGUAAAUAUGAGUACGGAAAUUGCUUAGAUGCAGUGUUAAAAAAAAGUAUUGUAAAUAAAACUCCUGAAGUUACGGUGAGUAUUAUGCAAGAGCUCAUACAUCGUAAAGGACUGGAAAGGGCAUUAGCAGGACGAACACAUUCGUCGUUGUAUAAAAUUCUACGCUUUUUAUGUCGAUAUAUUGGGGAACAUCGUUUUAGCCGUGUGCUUAUUGAUGUCAGCAAUAUUCUCUUAGAUGCUUACGCUGAAUCUUACCACGGGUUCACUGAUGAUCUUUGUAAGCAAUUCAAUCAUUUAGCUAAUAUAGUUCAAGCGGAAGUUGAUUUGACCUAUGAAAUGCUAGAAUUUCAAGGAGCACUUGAAAUGCUUGUAUUAGCAUCCAGUGUUGAAAAAAGUAGUGAAAACAUUCAUUUUGUGACAGACUCGAAAUUGAGUAUAUUACAAUCAGUAAAAGCGAAGGAAGCUUCUAUUUUAAAUGUUUGACAUAGUACUCACAACAUCUCUAACAUAUUCACUAUAAUUUACAAAUGGUUAUAUGUUUGCACUCUUUUAAGUAUGUAUAUGUAGACAAUGUUAGAAAUUUCUUCUUUAAGUAAUUUGUGGAUUAACUCAAAUUAAGUAGUAAUAAUAAGUAUAUUGCUUAUACACAGGUGGCAUUCGGAAACCAUUUUUAUUGCAAAAAGUAAAAAUAAAAAAUAACGUAAUUUUCUUUCAGUUUAUUAACUUAAAAUUAUACACAUACUGUUAUAUGAAUGU